AUGCGUCAGCGUACAGAUGCGCUCAAAGUGCGUUUCUCUCCUCAAAACGAAGCGACGGAGGCGGCACUUCUCGGCCGCCUUCAACAAAUUUCACAGACGGUUAAUGGCGCUGUCAGUCAAGAUCUAUCCCAAAUACGCCAUAACAGAAGCCGACUUGACGCACUCGCCUGCGCCAACAGCGAGGCCGUCGGUGAGUUGACCAAUUCUACCAGAAGUUUGAAAGAGGUACAGCUCGCUUGGCUGCAUCGGCUGCGCGGUCUGACCGCCUCUCAGCGGCCUGGCGACUUGGCCAACUGGCUGGAGCAAGCCUGGAUGGCGAGAAACAGCAUCGAGGCCGUCGUCUUGAACUCCACCGAGUUGUGGACACGCCAGUUGGCAAAGGACAGUCAGACCCUCGAGAGUCAGGCAGAAGAGUUGAAUCGGGCCCUUCGGACGCCGAUUGAAGGGCCUCUCGAUCCUGCUGGGACUGGUCUCACGUCUGGCCUGGACUCGGAACGGUUGGCCUUCUACGCAAGAGAACAGGAUCUUCAUCUCACCUAUCAAGAGGACAAGCUACGCAGGAUCCUCAAGCGCCAGAAGGAAACGGUGCAAGAUGUCAAAAAUGCCCAGCCUUCAACGAUUCUCGGAUUAGCGAAUAUGUGCAAGCAUUUUCGAUUUGUUGAGUCGAUGUCUUCAAUGAGGUUGUUUUUCGACAUAACGGCCCACUUUAUGGCCUUGCUCUACUUUGACUCUAUUCUUUCGGCGGACGAUACGCUUCGUCUGUCCCCUUCUUCACUGGCUAGUGUUGUCGACAAGGAGGGAUAG